AUGAACCCAGGUUCCGCCCCCGCAGGCGGACUUGCAAACCAACCACCAGGCACUGCUCCGCUUGUGAAGCGCAAGAAACCUCGAUCUGAUCCCUUCUUCAAGGCUACCAGAAAACCUCUCCCGCCGGGUAGACCUCAAGUAAAUGGGCAUCCUACGCCUCCGGUCAACGGGCAUCCGCCGCUCAAACCCCCCGUUUUAAGAACAUCCACUCCCAAUCCACCGCGCGCUGCUUCUCCAUCCAAACCCCCCAUUCCAGAGCACGAGCGUGUUAGUGGUUUCAGUGACCCGCGACUCACGGCUGAAGGGAUCCCCUACAAAGACUACAAGCUUGUCACAACGAAGAAAGAUAUCCUCAAUGGCCUACGCUAUCAUAUCCUCCAGUUGGCCAGUGACAAGGCCAUCGAUAUUCGCAACGAGUCCGAAUUCACCAAACCAGCGCGGUUGCAUAGACGCGACCCUCGAGCUCCUCCUCCCGGCCAGCAGCAGAAAGAAGAAGAACAGCAAGAGCCCAAAGAUGGCCUCAAUGCGGCUGAGCGAGAAGAGCUGAACAAGAGAAAAGAGGCUCGACAGAAAGAGCGUGAAGCUAAUCUGGCUCAGAUAGCUCCCUCGCAGAAUGCAGGCAAAAAGAUGAAUGCGUUCAAAAAGAAAACUCAGCAGGUGUUCAGGCCCGACUUCUCGGCCGAAGAAAGACGCCGCAUCCAGACCAAUUAUGAAGAAAAGCUUCCAUGGCACUUGGAAGACUUUGAUAAUAAACAUUGCUUGAUUGGACACCAUCAAAUUGGAUCAAUGGGCUCCCAUGCCGCUUUCAUCUUCGAGCCUGCGGUGGAUACGUCGACGGGAAAAUUCCGACUCAUUCCCAUCGAAAAGGUGUACCAGUUCAAGCCCAAACGAGAAAUCGCCCCGCAAAUGUCGAUUGAAGAAGUUGAAGCUGCGAUGAAGAAACGAGGCACCGAUCCUGAAUGGCUGAUUCGCCAACGAGAAGCCCGUAUCGCUGAAGCUUCGAGGGAGAUAGCAGCAAGACAAAGCAAAGGCCUCUUCUCCGGCGCUCAAACAUCAACCAUUGCAGGCAGAACUGGUGAAGAAGCAGAUCUGGAUUACGAAGAUGAUUUCGCCGAUGAUGAGGAAGGUGAUCUCUUCGCAGACAAAGACGAGGACGAAAAGUUUGCCGAGAAGCGAAUUAAGGAGGAUCAACUGCAAGCCAAUUUCCUCGAUUUCAAAGACCUCAAAGAGUAUGAUGAGGCAGAAGCGCGAGAAAAGCGGGAGGCAGAGGCGCGAAAGAAGAAUUUCCGAGACCUCCGAAAGGCUCUUGAACGGAGAGAGCGGAAUUACAACCAUGGGAGUGACUCUGAAUAUGAAUCAUCGACUGACUCAGAAGAAGAACGUGAGCGUCUCGAGCGCGAACGUCUUGCCAACAUCAAGAGAGAAGAAGAAACCGAAGGCAAGAAAUCCGCCGUGUCUUCCUCCGGGACAAACACGCCGUCUGGCCGCAAAGGCAAAAGAGGAGGCACGCCCAGCGAUCGAGAAGGCGGCGUGAAGAAAUCAUCCUCUGCGCGCUCUCUCAAACGACCCGGGUCACCGAACCUGUCCGAAGCUUCGGGCACUGACGCGUCAACGCGGAAGAAGAAAUUGAAAUCCAAACAUAUCUCAUCAUCACAACCCACCCCAGGUCAUUCACGAGCCAUGUCCCCGGCAAACGUGCCCUCAGGCUCCUCAGCUCCACAGACGCUCGACCCAUCGGCGGUGUUGAAACCACGUAAACGUGGUGCUGCAGGCUCUGCCGGUUCCGACACAGAUCCGAUGGUCAGCGAUCGCGACGGAGGUGCCAUGUCAGAUGGCAGCCGGGCGAGACGACUCAAGUUGAAGAUGUCUGCCUCGCCGCCAGCGACAGGAACUGGGACACCUCAGCCAUCGUCGCGCGCGGGCUCGCCUGCUCCUCGCUCUGCGCCUUCGCCCGGUGCUGGUAGCCCUCAGGUCUUCCCCACGCACCAGGAUAUCAAGAACGCAAUACCGCCGCAAGGGAUCACGAUCAAGGACUUGAUGAAGGUUGUUGCACAUCCAAAGGAGCGCCGUGCAGAUUUUGUGGCGCUCGUCAAAGAAGUUGCCAGGAUGGACAAGGAGAGGGCUGUUUUGGUGUUGAAAUGA